AAUGGAACUUAAUCUUCUUCUGACUUGCGCUUUUUAUUAGGGCCUGCUAAUUUUCUUUGUCAGUUGGAACUAUAAACAAGCAAACUUAAAUCAAGUAAAAAAUGAGAGAUGUUACAAAAGCCCACCCUCGCCUCCAGGGUUUUUGCCUUUUUGAUAGGAGAGGUAAUGAUACUCUUUUUGUAAAAUCCUAUUUUCUACUCCUCAUAAGUAUUAUUAUGUGAUACCCAUUUAUUGCAUCGUUUUUCCUUGAAACAAUCUUCGUCUGUUUUGUUUGCUUGAGUUCUCAAAAACCUUGAUCCUUUCGAAGCAGAAGUCGCAUCCGCAAUUGACCUGGAUAGAAGGUUGCGUGCCUUUGUUGAAAGGCCUGAGACCGAAUUCGGAACAAACGGGAGAAAAAUCCGAAAAAAACACAAAAGUCCUUUGCGGGUUACCAUAAUCAGCACAUGCCUUUUCACGAAAUUUUGAACAAGGAAAACAAUAGAAAAUACAUCUUUGAAUCAAGAAUAUGGCUCAACACAUCCAACAAAUCGCUCCUAUUCCCAAUGGAGGAAUACCUGUUAUGCCUGGAGUUCAACAAACGAUAGUUUACCAACAACAACCUCUUGUUAUGGCUCCACAACAAAACUUUGGUCCUAGAAAGCCGUUUAGAAGUCCUCAGGAUGAACAGUGUAAAAUAUUUGUUGGUGGUGUUGGAAAACACACAUCUGAAGAAUCACUACGAGCAUACUUUGGUAAAUUUGGUGAAAUAUCAGACAGUGUGAUAAUGAAAGAUAAACAAACAGGAGAGCCCAGAGGCUUUGCAUUUGUAACUUACAAACUGCCAAGUGCUGUGCAAGCAGUAAUCGAUCAGUGCAAUAAUGGUGGACACACUCUGGAUGGAAAAGUGGUUGACCCCAAAUCUGCCGUACCUACGCAUGGAUUGAAACACCAAUACCAUGCAAUUCGUCAGUAUGAUGCCGAAAAGGCAAAUCAAGCCCAAGCAGGUGUAAAUCAACAGUACAAAGGACCCAUGAAAGUAGCACCAGAGUUAAAAGUUUUUAUUGGUGGAAUUGGCAUAGGAACAACAGAAGAGGAUGUGAGAAAAUAUUUCUCCACGUUUGGAACUGUUGUUCAGGUGGACAUGCCCUAUCACCAUGUUUACAAAUGCCCUAAAGGCUUUGCUUUUGUUGGAUUUGAAAGUUUUGAAAGUGUUGCUGCUGUAACGAAAGAUAGAUACCAUCAAAUCAAUGGAAAAACGGUGGAAGUGAAAGGUUCGGACGAACAGCAGGCUCAUCUAAAUAAAAAGCGUGCUGAGGGAAGACCUGUAAAUAUAACAUCUACCAUGGGACGUGGAGCUGGCAAGUACAAUGUUCCAAUACAACAAGGAAGUAUUGCCACUGUGUCAGGAUAUGGCGCUUAUGCGAAUGUCGGUUCACAACAAGUUAUAAUACCUCAAGGAGCUGCCGGUGUUCAACAAUAUGCUGCAGUGCAACCUCCUGCUGCUGGAGGCGGUUACGUAUUUGAUCCUGCAACCAAUACAUACUAUCAACUUCCUGGAACAGUUGUAGGAGCAGGUGGAGGCUUCGCUUUAGGUGCAGGCUCCGGGAUGGUAUCUUCUAUGGGUGCCAACCAAUAUGCUGGUAUGACUCUGGUUGGUGGAGCUGGUGGACAAAUACUAACUUCCCCACAAUUGCAAAGACCUGGUGUAGUCUCAUCCGAUAUGUUUGGGUUGGCUGGCAACGGUACCAUAGCAAUAGGCGGUGCAUACGCCAGUGAGACAUCGACUUUCGGACCGACACGUACACACUUACUGGGUACAGGACAACAACCGAUAGCUGGUUCUGCAGAUCCUCAUGUUGUGUAUUCAACCGCUACAUCCAUCUCUGCGGGCGAUGCCGCUAUAUCUACACCACGCGGGUUUCACCCAUAUGGAAGAUAAUUCAACCGGUGAAGAACUUAUUAUGUUUCCCCUAUUAUUGUGGGGAAUGUUUUAUUCCGAACAUUCUGUAAGAACACCGAGUGUGAAUAGUACUACCGAGAUGGCACUCCAAUUUUGAAAAACUAGCCUGUGGUUUGUAUACUAACUUGUAAAUUUUUAUUUGUAAUACUUUACUUCAACUUAAUGAGGUUAAUUUA